AUGUCGGGAUACCGCUACACCCCUCUAGAGGAAGCAGAUGCCAUCAGGCUCUUGGUCCUCUACCCUUCAGCAGACCCGACUGCGCCAUUGGGUGGCUCACUUUUCAACACGACCAUCUCGGACUGCGACGCCGACUUCGAAAUCGAGUACCUUGCUCUUUCCUACGUCUGGGGAGACCCAACGCGAAGGGGUUUCAUUGAACUCGAUGGAGUUGGUGUGGAAAUCACAGCAUCCUUAGCAGAAGCUUUGCAACAUCUGCGCAAUUCUUGUCCCAAACGGACACAAACGGUUUGGGCUGACGCCCUAUGCAUCAAUCAGUCCGAUACUCCGGAGAAGAAUCGGCAGGUACCGCUGAUGGGCAACAUCUACGCCCAUGCGAAGAGCACGAUUAUCUACCUCGGCCCUUUGACAGCAAACUCGAAGAUGAUUUUCGAAGCUGCUCAAAACAAUGCACCGCGAGUCGCUACCGUGGAUGCCCAAGGAAUCGCGCACAUCGCUUCUCCGAGACAGCUAAGAGAAAAUCGAGCUGUGAACAUACAUGAAUCGGAAGGCCCGAACUGCACGGCACUCCAGCAGAUGCAAUCAACAUACCUGAAUGCAGAAAGUCAGACCCUGUUUGGGAUUCUUCAGUCCAGGGGCAGGUGCCGGGCGUCAGACCCGAGAGACAUGGUAUUCGCAUACAUGGGGAUGCACAACGAUCCAGAAGAGGUUUCCGCAUUUGUCACCGUCGACUACGACGUUACCCUGAGGGAACUUCUCAUCUCGACUGCCAGAUACAUCUCCGAGUGCCACGGAUACGCUCAACUCCUACGCUGCGUCAAGCGACAUGGGAGUUCUUCGAGCUGGCUUGAAUUGCCGUCUUGGGUUCCCGACUGGGGCAUUUCCGAAUGGCUGAGCCAUCCUACUCCUCUGUCAUGGCCCCUGGGACAGGCUAGUCCGUCAGACACUCUCGCGUUACUACAAAAGCCAGGACAGGCCGUCGAUGACAUAGUUUCCCCCGUAUUAGGGCCUAUGGAAAUUUGUUUUCUCAGCCCCAUCCUUCCUUACCCGUCCGAAAUGCCCGAGGAAGUUCUCGGUUUUCUAAGAAAGAUGUCACGCGAAUCUUUGAGGGUGGAAAAACACGUUUUUGACGUCAACUGGAAGAAUUUCGGGGCUAGCGACUACAAAGAAUCCAAGACUGCGCGGGCUGUUGAAAUGGUAGAGUUCUUUGAAAACCUCGUCUUGCCUUCAACAACCGAGGAGCCUCCGAUGAAGUUAUUCUCCGAAGACUUUUGGCGAGGUCAUUCCGUGAACAGCUCCCGGUCUGCUGAGAAUAUCCAGAAUCUAGAAAAUCGGCCUGCCACUUUUAGCAUGGACCACGCGAUUGCUUUCGCAGUACGCCAAAUCAUGUCGUUCUUUCAGGCCUACACGACCGGCUCCAAUACCGUGGUCGAGGGCUUUAGUUUUGACAUCGACACCACGCAACGAGUGAGAUUGGCGGCGACGGCUGGAAGGUUCGUGGUAGCCGUGCCGGCCGCGGCCGACACGGUUAUUGGGGACAUGGCGGUGCUGUUUCAAGACGGCCGUGUCAAGAAAGAUGGGUGUUUGGGUUAUACAGGUUGCGUACUCAGACCCAUGACGAAGGAAACGGGUGAUCCGUUUUUCAAGUACUGCAAAGUGAUCUCGACGGGAGGCGUUCCUGAUAUGGCGGAGGAGUAUCUUCCUUAUAUGGAAGAAAUGCCGGGCAUGUUUAGGCCUAUCCUUUACUAG